ACCUGCAUCAAGACAGACAGACAGCGAGCAAAGGAACGGGAGGCCCAUUUACAUAUAUAGCCCUGCUGCUCCUGGCCCUUUCCCCAGUUCCGUCCCAUUAUUGGUUCUUGCGAGGAGGGGGGCGGAGAAACGGAAGCAGGAGGCAGAGAGGAGAUCGAGCCAGAGGGCGGCGAGCAAGGGCGCGAUGGCGUCCAAGAGGAUACAGAAGGAGCUUAAGGAUCUGCAGAAGGACCCCCCUACCUCAUGCAGCGCAGGUCCUGUGGGUGAAGAUAUGUUCCAUUGGCAGGCAACAAUAAUGGGCCCAUCUGACAGCCCAUAUUCUGGUGGAGUUUUCCUAGUUACUAUCCACUUCCCUCCUGAUUAUCCUUUCAAACCACCAAAGGUGGCAUUCCGCACCAAGGUGUUCCAUCCAAACAUCAACAGCAACGGGAGCAUUUGUCUGGACAUCCUCAAGGACCAAUGGAGCCCCGCUCUGACCAUUUCCAAGGUGCUGCUGUCCAUCUGCUCCCUGCUGUGUGACCCGAACCCUGAUGACCCUCUGGUCCCUGAGAUCGCCCACAUGUACAAGACGGACCGGCACAAGUACGAGAGCACCGCCAGGACCUGGACGCAAAGGUAUGCCAUGUAAUGCAAGACGGCGGAUGGGUCGCCGGAGUCAGUCUUGUUUGUAACAUUCUCGAUCAGUUCGUGUGUGCCCGCCCAGUGUAUGUGUCUGUCAAACUGGCACUCGUUGCUCAACUGUGUCACCUGGCGCAGUGACUUGGAACAUGGAACCGGUGUUGCAUAUUUUGGAUUCAGAUAAAUGUAGCCACCUGCCUGCCACUUAAAUUGCUUACCCGUUGCAAUU